CACGUGGUACAGUAAAACAUCCGGUUUCCAGAAAAUGGAAAUAAAACUGCAGCAAUGCUUUGACGCACGGAGUCUUGCCAAACUGUAAAUUACGCUUUCUUACGUUGUUUCCAUGUUGUGGAGGUCUCGAGCUACGUCGCGCCUCGCAGCCGCUGUUUGGUCUCGCGGACGGUGACGCUGUUUGCCUCUCGAGAGAUGGAGGCUGUUAGCCUUGUCUCGUGCAGGGAGGACAUUUCUACGCUGUUUCCUGAGCAAACGCCGUGUGCUAAGUAUAAAGAUUUAAGCGUCCAGUUUUCCUCCGUGAGACAAGUGCGCGGGGAUGGAAACUGCUUCUACAGAGCCCUCUGCUUCGCACACAUCGAGUCAAUCCUACACAAUGCCAGAGCUUUGCAGAGAUUUAAGGAGACAAUUAUUCAAACCUGCAAAGACUUUUCUUCUGCGGGAUUUGAUGAGAGUUCCUUCAAGCACCAUCUGAACACAGUUGUAAAUGUGUUGGAGCAAUGCCAGGCUGAUGAGCAGGAAGACCGACUGCUCCAGCUCUUCAAUGAGCAGAUGACCUCUGAUGGUGUGGUGCAGUACCUGAGGCUGCUCACAUCGGCGCACCUGCAAAAUCAUGCCGACUUCUUCUGCAACUUUGUAGAGGCGCCUAAUCUGCAAGUCUACUGUCAUCAAGAAGUGGAGGCCAUGGCGAUGGAGUGUGAUCAUGUGGACAUCUUAGCUCUGUCACAGGCCCUGGAUAUUUGCAUCCACAUCGUCUCCAUGGAGGGUGAUGAACAGCAGCUGGCUCACCACGUCAUUCCAGAGGGUGCCGAACCUUCCCUGCACCUCCUCUACCAAACGUCACAUUACAACAUUCUCUACCCGCGACCCCAACACUGACCAGGGGUCCAGCAGGACUCAGCUCAUCUCAGGAAUAUAUCGACUUUGGUUCAAUAAAAUCUCACCUGGGCUUUAAGACACUUAUGAAAACAGAUUUUUAUAAAGUCUUGCAGUGUACAGUGAUUCAGCAUCAGGAGAUAAAACUUUUGCACAUUGUGCAGUAAGUAUCUCAAUGAAUUGCAAGGAAUUUAUGUAAAACAAAUGACAUAAAUCAACAAUUACAGAAAUCCUGUUUAAGAUGGCCCUUUUUUUAAACAUUUCCACCGAAAUGUCACUGCUGCUGUUUUUUCUUCUGUUUUUUCUGCCUUGGUGGAAGACAUUUCUUGAGAUUCUGUUUCUUCACCUGUACUGAAACCCUAGUCAGGGCGCUUUCCAUCCCUGCUAGGGGCAUGUGAGGCAGGGAGAGCUUUCCCAUUUGAGUGGGGUACUUUGUCUUUAUCUUGUUCUUGAACACAGGCUGGGAGAUCAAAUGCUUCAAAUGCUUUUUCAUCCCCUUCACCAUCUUCUGCUGCUCUCUGUCAUCUUCCUCAUCCAUUGCCCGGCCUGUUGACAUAAUUAAUGGUAUAUUCGGUUGUCUGUAUUUGAACAUUUUUGAAUAAAUUGAACAUGUUA